UUGUUCGUCUUUUAAUCUUGCCCUUUUCCAAAUGCUAUACGCGUCUCCUCUACAAAUACCCAUUACCUUCUUCCUGGCCGUCUCUCUCUCUCUUUCUUAUAUUUCUUGUAUGAUAAAGAUAAAAACUUUCUAGUUCUCUCUGUUUCUUGAUUUAUAUUCCCUUUUUAUGAGAUGGGUGCUAAUCUUUCUUCGAUAUUCAUGGACCCAAAUUCUUUAUCUCUUUAUUGUGGUCCUUUACCUUCUUCGUUUCAGUCAUCAAAUCCAAGCCACCCAUGUCUUGGCGACUUACCAGAAAGCUGUGUUGCUCUGAUUCUUGAAUAUUUAGACCCGCAAGAGAUUUUCAAAUUUGCUAGAUUGAAUAGAGCAUUUCGUGGGGCUUCUUGGGCUGAUUUUGUUUGGGAAUCUAAAUUGCCUUCGAAUUAUGUUUCUCUUCUUGAAAGAGUUUUCGGUGGUGAUGAUGAUUUUCCCAGAAAGUUGAAUAAAAGAGAGAUAUAUACCAUUUUGUGUAGAGCUAAUACUUUUGAUGGUGGUACCAAGAAAGUAUGGCUAGAUAAGAUAACUGGUGGUGUCUGCUUAUCCAUAUGUUCCAAAGGCCUAUCUAUUACUGGGAUAGAUGAUAGAAGAUAUUGGAAUCAUAUCCCAACUGAGGAAUCAAGAUUCCAAUCUGUUGCAUAUCUUCAGCAAAUCUGGUGGCUUGAGGUAGAUGGGCAGUUUGAAUUCCCAUUUCUGGCAGGCACUUACAGCUUAUUCUUCAGGCUGCAACUGGGGAGGGCUGCCAAGAAGUUCGGUCGCCGGGUCUGUAAUACUGAGCACGUCCAUGGUUGGGAUAUAAAGCCUGUGCGGUUCCAACUAUGGACUUCAGAUGGUCAGUAUGCCUCUUCUCAGCGGUUUUUGAAUGAUACUGGGAAUUGGAAUCUUUAUCAUGCUGGGGACUUUGUUGUUGACAGCUCCAAUUCAUCAAUGAACCUUAAAUUCUCAAUGACUCAAAUCGAUUGCACGCACACAAAAGGUGGUCUCUGUUUGGACAGUGUUGUAGUGUACCCAUGUAAAUUUAAAGAAAGGUUAAAGCAUUUUUGAUCUGCAUGUAACCUUUGUAGACAGGAUAAAUUCUACAUUGUAGAUAUAGAGUUGGGGCAUGUCAGGAAAGAGUAGUAUUUUUACAUUUCUAGGCCUUGUAUGAUCAGCUGUACUUAGGCAAUGGAUGUGUUGCCAAUUUUUGUUUGUUGAUGAAUGUGUUUGAAGAGCACUUCUUGUAUAUAAAUUUUACUGCUAUUAUUUUUGGAGUGGUAAAAUAGUCAUUUGGCAAGUAAGACUGAGCUUAUUUGGGUUCA